AUGGAUCCUCUCAGCGUCAUUUCUGGGACCAUUGGCAUUGCGGGUGCAGCUAUCCAAACCAUCACCGUGUUGGUCAACGAGAUCAGUGCUAUCAAAAAUGCCCCAGAGAACAUGAAGAGGGUCAGAAGUGAGCUUUCCGUCGUGGAGUCGCUUCUGAGAGACAUCAGUCAGGGCCUCCAAGAUUCCCGCCUUUCGUCCAUACCAAAUGAUGUGAAGUCGACACUGCAGAAAGCCAUUUUCAGUUGCAAGGACGCUUGUGAUCAAUUUCGGGCCAAACUCCAGAAAUGGACGAGACAUUCCGGUUCCAAGAUGGAUUGGCGGGAUCGUGCCCGAGUUGGCCUGUUUAGCGAAUCUGCCAUUCAAGAUCUGAACUCUCAGCUCCACAUAUCCAUAGAUAUAAUGGGUGCUGUCAUUGGUGCUGGCGCAGUAUUCUCAAUUUCUCAAGCAGGAAAGCAAUCGGGUAGAAUGCCAGCGGAAACGAGGAAUAAGCUGCAGUCCAUGGAAUCAAAACUCUCCCAGGGUAUCCAGGACACAGACAAACGAGUGCGCAAUGUGAGCAUGGAGUUGGAAAGCCUCUCAAGAUCGUCCCAGUCCAGGUCAGAGGCCGAUCGACAGGCUUGGCUUGAGGAGUUUCAAAAACUGCAAAAUCAAUUGACUGCACUCGGCCAAUCCCGAGAAAUACGGAAGAGCCUCUAUGGAAAAUCUCGACAUUUGCAGUCGGUGCAAAAGUUCAGCAACAUUCAUUCGGACGAGACUGGUCAGCUUAUGGUGGGCAUUUUCGGUACGGAUCCGAAUCCUAGGGUAUACCAGGAUUUUCGUAACAUCACGGCUACUAGGAGUGGAAGAGGUAUGAUUGGGGUUAUUGGCGGGCAUGUUGACGUGAACGAGUUUUUCAGUCGGAAGGUUGAAUAG